CAUGCGUCCUGUUAAACUCCUAGUCUAGGUUCAAAUGUCUGUAUCCGGCUAGCGACGACCGAUUUGCCUCGUAUAUAAACCGGUCAAACAUCUCUCAAUUAUCAUUUUCCGUUUGCGCGAUUCAAAGCGGACAGUCGUCGUUAUAGCAGUCCACCACCAUCACCGUCACAAUAAUAUUAUCCUCACACACGCACACAUACACACACACACAGUCAUUCAAAUUGUCUCUGCAAAAAUGCCUUUGCCAAGAAUCGCCGUGGUCGUCGUACCGUUCGUAAUUUUUCUAGUCCUGACGACUCCGGACUAUGUCUCUGUAAGUAUACACUCGUAUACAUUAAAUAAUUUGUAGCCAUAUAGUAAAUAAAUUUUUAGUAGGUAGGUACCUCCGUAUUCAUAAAUGGGAAAUAUUACUUACCGAAAUACCAAAAAGUUUCUUUUUUUUUUAAUCAAAAAAAGUAGCGCAAUAUUUUUAAGAAAACGAUUUUUUUAGAGUCCUGUAGCUAUACAAAAAAGUACUCGUACUAAUAACGGGUGUUCCACUCUCGUAGGUGUGAAGUUGCACAAAUAGAAAACAUUAAGUUAUUUAAUUUAUAUUCUUAAGUAACGAUAAAAUAUUGCUAACGAAAACGAUUCGGGGAAAAGUUCGGUUAUACAUUUUUUGAAAGGCCGUAAUAUUUACAAUUUUCGUUAAAAUUUGAUAGGUAUUGAUACAUUGUUAUGAAAAGUAAAAAAAAAUACUGUAAUAAACUCAAUUUAUUAUUAUUUUUUUUUUUUACUACAAAGUGCGACUUAUACUCAUAAUUUUUUUUUUUUUUUAUGUUUUUAGGCUCGUUUUACAACAGUCCAAAUUGAAGCACUCGGAAGAGCCUGUCAUGCGUCCGCAGGUAAAAAUUUUUAAAAAUAUACAUAUAUUGCAACGAUCGUAAUAUACAGAAUGAAACAAUCUAUCGUAAGACACUCGCUAUCUCGAAAAGUAUUAACGUUUUUCGGAAUUUGUUUUAUAGAACAUUUAAAAAAAAAUAAGAUCUACAAUUUUACAUUUAUUUUAUUUUUUGUCAUCCUAAUUUUCGUAAUAAAACCACUAUCUACUUUAGAUUUUCAAAGGGUAAUCCAAGUUAAAAAUUCCAUUAAUAGAUGGAGUAUAAGUUUAAAAUAAAUUUUAGUGUUGAUAAUUUUGAUUUCCAUCAAUCCAUGAACGAGAUAUUCCACUUUUAAAUUUGGGUCAAAGGAAAGUAGUGGUGCAUUAAUAAAACGGAAUGAAAAUUUUAAUAUAAGUUGCCAUUUAAAUAUCAAAAGUAUGUAGGUAGUGGUUUCACCCCUAAAAAUAAGGGUGUCAAAAAAAUGACAUAAAUUUAAAAUUGUAGAGCUGCUUUUUUUAAAAUUUUCUAUACAUCAAAUCCCGAAAAAUGUUAAUACUUUCUGAAAUGAUGAAUGUCCUACAAUAGAUUGAUCAUUCUGUGUAAUUUUUUAUAUUGUGUUUAAUAUCAUCUACUAGCGUCGAUGUAGAUGGACAACUAUUAGCAAUCCAUCGUAUUUUACCAUUUUUUUUUCGUUCUCAAACGCCUGGUCAAAUUUUCUUUCUAACUACGUAAAGGGAUUUUCGAAACGAAAUAAUAAUUAUUAUACACUUUUUCUUUAAUUCUUGUUUCUCUAUUGAACAGAAAAUAGUACAAACUGGUCUGAAAAAAGUUUAAAACAGCUGCAAACGCUAUAAUAUAUCUCUUUCGAAAAAUAACAUAUAGUGGAACCUUAAUAAGCCGAAAACCUUAGUAAGUGGCAAUAAAUGCCAUUCUCUUGCUUAAACCUUGAUUACCAGAAAGAAAAACUAUAGAUAACUCGAAUAUUCUAUAUUCCGAAUAUAUAUGGAUAAUCAGAUAAUUUUUUAAUUUAAUUUUUCUAAUUGGCUUGUGUGUCCCAUAUUUUAACCUAAUCUUGUAUAUAUAUGCGUUUAUAUACAUAGUAAUCAACUAAUGUGGACCAUAAACUAUACUCUGCUCUAAAUAUAGUAGAAAAUACUAUUGAUAAUAGCAUGUACUCUCAAAUUCUAAAUCAAAGUAAGAUAGCAAAUGUAAAGUUGCAUUGUAAUGUUGCAACACUAUAAUAUAUAUGUUUUUUAUUUUUAGUAAUUUGUUUUGUUUAUAUUAAUUUGGUAUUUACUCACAUUUUCAUCAUACAUUUUUAGUAACACAAUUUUAAAAUAAUAAUAAUAACAAUACACAUUGUAAUUAUACGUACAAUGUACAUCAUAUACUAUAAAAUAAUUAAAAACUAUAAUACGAACACGACACCUUAGUAAGUCGAACAAAUUUCAUUUCCCUUGAAUAUCGACUUAUCAAGGUUCCACUGUAUUAUCAUUACGUAGUACUGCAAAGUAUUAUUUUGUUCCUUCUACUUGAUUCAACUUAUUGUAAAUGUAGGUAAAAUAAAAAUUAUGUUUCAGUUUUUAUUCAGUAAAUUGUUCGUCCAAAAUACAACAAUAUAAUUUUAUAUGUAUAUUAUUGUAAUUAAAUGUAUUUUAAAAGUUCUCGAGUUAAUAAUACGAGUAUAUAUAAAUGGCACAAAGAAAAAUCUAGAAAACACGUUUAUAAUCACAAAACGUACAAAUUCCUUUUUUAAAAUUAAAAAUUUUGGAUUAGGUUAAAUGUCAAACUUUGAAACAUAGUUAACGGAAUUAAAUUAUGGUUGAAACGCAUAAUAACAAUUGAAUUGAAAUAUCACAGAAAAUUGUCUAUAUUUUAUAAAAAGUGGCUUUUCUGGAUUUUACCCACUAUCCUUCAUAUUUUAUAAUAAUAUCGCGUGUAUUAGCUAAUCCAUAAAAUACGUGCCAUAGAAAAAAAAUUAGUAAAAUUUAAAUUUAAAAAAAAAAACUGCUAUUUAUCUCUAUAGAUUACUGAUAGAUAUACCGAUUACAGUUUGGAAUAAAUCGAAAAUAUUAUAUUUUUUUUCAGCUGACCUCGCUGUGGCGAAAGCUUAUCAAGUUCCUACCACACAAUCUGGAAAGGUGAUUUGUACUUAUAUAAUUAUAUUACAAUAUAUAUUUUAUUUUUCUAUUGCCACGGCGCAAAAUAACUGAGUCAAAUAUUAUAGUUUUAAUUUGUAAUAAAAAUAUGUUUUAUAUAUCCUUUAAAAUCGUUUCAGAUUCGUUUCUGAAACAUUAUAAUAAAAUGUAUUAUGAAUGCCUAAUAAAAUACAAAUACGAGCAAUACAAGAUUAUCAUUUACUUAAAAAUAAAAUCUUAAAUUUUUUAUUCUGAGCAAAGCGAUAAAUGUAUUGGUUUUACUAUAAGUGCGAUUUUUCAUUUAUUAUGUCUAUAAACAACUUAUCUUAUUUAUCUACUAGAAAUCUUUCUCCAAUCAAAACCCGACAAAAUAAUUUUUUUGGUCAUGGGAAGGUUUACGGCAUAGACGGUUUCCUUAUUAUAAUUUCGUUGUUUUGUUUUACACCAACAUAUUCUACCAAUGUUUGAAUAACUAUGUACACUGUACAGGCAUUUAAGAUUUUUUUUAGUUCUUAUUUGGUUGAAUAUAACUAAAAUUAUUUGGCUGAACGGAAAUACUUAAACAAUUAAUAUAAAGAUCAUUUUAAAUUAUACUUAGUGGUAAAAAAUGUAUAAGUUGAGUGCAAAUCGUAAUGUCAAUUUGGAAAAAAAUCAUAUAUUUCGUCUUUUUUGGUAUUUACUAAUAAUUAUAAAAAUACUUAAGAAAUCAAAAAAUGACUUUACCUGUCAGUGGCUAUGUGUUAAAAGGAACAAAAUAAUUUUCUUGUCGUUUUUCUAUUGGAGUAAUAUUUCUGGCAGAAAACUUUGUAAACAAAAAUUUAAAAAAAUUAAAACGAAAACGCCGCGGCGAACUGUAAAUAUUUGCCGUUUUACCUAUAAUAUUCUUUCGGUUUAUCACUUUAUCCCUAUUAUUUCGAAAACUCCUCGGAAAAUCAAAAAAAUAAGACUUAUGUAAUAUUGAUCAAGACAGCUUUGCUGCAGUUUAUGCAACUAUCUUCUCUUAUGAAAACUAAUUCACUAAAAUAUAAUAUUAAAUGUAUAAUAUCUGAUUUUUUAUUACUUCUUUUCAGUGCUUAAUGAAAUGCAUGAUCAACAAAUUAAAACUGGUAAAUUUCUUUUCGAAAUCAUUUACCUAAUUAUAAUUUAAGUUCACUAUCGACGCGUAUAAAUUAAAUGGUUUGAUUUUAUCAUUUUAGUUGAACAUCGAUGGCACGUACAACAAGAAAGGCGUAGAAUUGGCCUUAAAACAGUACUGGCCUGAAUGGCCUUUAGAUAAGAUUCUAUUAAUCAACAGCAAAUGCUUUGAUGAAUGUAAGUCGAUCUCAUUAUUUUUCAAUUAUUAUUAUAUUUUUAUUUAGAUUUUGACCGCUGCGAGGCAUUCCUAUUAGUUUUAUGUGUGCAAUUUUGUAUUUUUUUUUUAAUCAAUAAUCAUUAUAUCUUUUUAUUUUUUCUCCUGAACAACUUUUCCAUCCGAAAUCUUGCUUCAUUUAAAAACGGAGAAGUCGACUUUUUUGUAGUAUUCUGAAUCUUAUUGGUACUAGUGGAGAUUAUUUUUCGAUUUUUCUUGUUGUUUAUGGCUGGGAAACACUUAGGGAAAACAGGAAAUCUAAUAUAUAAUAAAAAUAUUUUCGUCCGUCAAGUAAUUAGCUAUUUUAACAGCAUAAGUAUAUAAAAUAAAUAGCUAGUGUAUUUUUUUUUUUUUGUAUAAUUUCAGCCAAACGAGUACCACUAGCCAAAGCCGCAACGUGCGAUUAUGCUUACGAAGUGAUGGCGUGCAUUAACACCCAAGCCAAGGAGGUAAAAUUAACACUCUAUUUUAUUAAUUAUUAUCGAACGCUAUCCUUUCGCCACCAGUCAUAUCACCGUCAGCAAUUUGCCAACAACUUUUCGCUGUGAGACCCCUUUUAUUGAAACUUAUAUGUCAAUUUACUUAUUUCUUCUUUUAUGUUACCCUCUAUUUUCCAAACGUAUAUUUUACGAAAAUAUAUAAUAAAAGACCAUGGCUGAGGAAGAUAUACAAUAUGUGUGACAACAAAUUACUAUCAUUAUGAGUGUGGUGUAUUUAAGACUUUUUUCUUUGGGGGGGGAGGGAGAUAAGGUUUAAUACAAUUUAGUCCACCAAAUUAACCUAAAGAUGUGGUGGCGAGAAGAUAUCUGUGAAAUAUAAGAGGCAAGAUGAACAAGACCUAUUUUUAUUUUGGGUUUUGAAUUCAUUAUUUCCAUAUAAAAAUAUGAGUUAUCAUUUUUUAUUUUUUAGCUGAACAUUUUGUAGAUUAUUCGUCUGACCAAAUCAAAAAUAACCAGCCACGUGCACCGUGUAUUAUACUAGAUAAUAUUAUAAUAUUCACAAUAAUUUUUUUUUUUUUAUCUUUGAUAAAAAUCUUUGAAAUUUUAUCUUUAUAAUAUUAUUUAAUAUAGUUAGUUAGCUUAUACGGGUUUUAUUGAUUUAAAAAUUGAUUUUUCCCGAAUUAUUUAAAUAACCUUCUUUAUUAAUUUCAGCGGAAACGUUGACACAUUUUACUAACAAUACUAACAUAAUAUAUAUAAUACCUUCAUUUAUACUAAAUAUUAAAAACUAUUAAAAUAAUUAGUAUUAUGAAUAUCAAACUCAAUAUACAAUUUAUACUACAAUGCAUUUAAUAUUUAUUUUUGGACCUUUUGUUAAGGGCAUCAUUUGGGAGGGUGUGCGGUUGCACCCCUUACUUUUAAAAUAAUCCCAAUUGGCCUAAUGAAAUAAUAUGCCAUUUUGUAUUUAAUUAUAAUUAAAUUAUAAUUCUACAUUAACAAUAUUGGUGUUUUACUAUCAAUAAACAAAUAUAGUGCUACCAAGUAAUUUAGUAAAAAUAAAUAGAUCGUAUAUUUUAUAAUCUACCAGACAUACCUGAUACCUAUUGAAUACAAAUAUAAUUAAGGAAUCACAUGGUAAAAAGUUGGAUAACUUCGCUUUUUAACGGUGAACGGUCACUUUUAUGGAAACAUUGACAAUUGUUUCACCAAUUACACAACUUAAUCAAUUACAAUGGCAUCAAAUGAUAAGUUUUUUCACAAUUUUAAAUUUUAAAAACAUAUUUACACACUUCUUUGUUCUCCUUCCAUAAUAAUCUUAUGGUGUUAAAUAUUGAAAUAGAAAAAGUAAAUAAUAUCGAUUUAGAAAAAGCUGUAGAUGUAUUUAGUGGACUUUAAAAUCUGUUUAAAACCUCGUACAUCCGGAAAAAAAAACUGAAAUGACGACCUUACCUUUUGGGUGAUCUAUUUUGUUUUGUACAUUUUAACCAAUAAAAUACAAAGUCAACUAUAUUAACUAAAAUUUAACGUGUAUAUGAUAUACACCAGGGGUGUCUAACCUUUUGUAAAGACUAGGCUACACCAUGUAAGCAGAAGUUAUUGUGGGCCACAUACAUUUUAAUAAUAAUACAUUUUAUUUAUAAUUUUUACCAUAGUGAAUAUUAAAUAGAGAUACUUUGAUGAACUAUUACAUUUUAUUUAUAAUUAUAAGAAAAAAUAUAUUUAUUUAUAAUAAAAAAAC